GAAUACGAGUAAUAUAAAUAAAACAAGCUAUUUCAGUAUUCAAUCAAAAUAAUUACAAGUUUUAAGUUUUGUCAGAUUGAAAGUUUCAAAAAAUGAAUCGAAAUAAUUCUGAAAUUGUUGAAAGGGAAAAAGAAAAAAGCAAAAAAGUUAAAUCGGAUGAUAGCGGAAUAACCUUUGGUGGACUACUAUUUUCUUUGGGACAACUAAAAUAUGCCAUGGAUUCAUUCGAGUGUGGAACAGAAGCAGCACUAAUGGUCAAAAUCAAAGAAGAUCCUAAACUGAAUAUUUUUGUUGACAACAGUCCAUCGUUGAAUGAGCAAAGAUAUACACCGAUUCAGACAUUCGCUAGUAGAAGUAUAGAAGUAAACAAUAAUAAAAAAUCUUUGAAAUGGAUAGAAAAAACAUCAAUUUCAGGAAUUAUAAAACUAGCAACAGCGAUAGUGAUACUGAUAGCGAUAGCUAUUACGAUAGUGAUAGUAGUGUAGAUGAUAUUAAUCCAGUGGCAAUUACUUUAGGUGUACUAGCUGGUACAGCAAUUUUAGCGGGUACAAUAAUGGCGAUUACAAGUCAUAAAUCUGCCACAAAAGCAGCAAAAAAUCCUUAAUAUGAUCAAAAAUUGUUUUAAAAAUAUCUUAAAUAAAAUGUGACUCUUGUGAAAUUUUAAU